AUGAACUUAACAUCGAUGGAUCGAUGGAGGUAAGCAUGUUUUAGCCAUGUUUUUAAACUAGGAAUAAUUUUGAAUGAAUAAUAAAACAAUUAUUGAAUUCGGCUUUCGUAUGAUAUGAAGAAGUAUGGAGAUCUCGGAGGGUGUUAUCCGCACCCUCCUCGAGCUCCAUAAUUCUUCAUAAGAUACUCAGCGUCAUUCAUUAAUUGUUAAUUAACUCUGCCAAAGGGCUAUUCUGAAGUUAAUUUACAAAUGCUAAAAAAGAAAGGGGUAAGAAGAAAAAGCUUAAAUUGAUUACAAUCUUUGGUACUAGACUAAAAGCCCCAACUAUGCGCGUACAAUUACGUUAUCUCGUUGGAGAUCUAAACUAAAUCAAAUAUUAACUAUUUAACGUAUGGGGUCUGCUUCGCAGACCCGGCGUACAAGUGAAGGAGGGAGAUAUAUCGACCUCUCACCCAUUGCCAACUUUUAAAGAAGAUGCACCACCAAAGAUAAUAGUCAAGUUCACGGGAAGGGAUAUGAGGAAUAGCUUCUAUACGAACCGAAGGAAGCUUAUUGACAAGGAAGCUAUUGACCUCCCCGAUCUUGGUAUCACUGCCGAAAGCAAAGUAUACAUAUCCGAAUCCCUGACCAGGUACAAGAAAGAGCUGUUCGGCGAAGUUAACAAGCUGAGGAAAAAGAUCAGAUGGAAACAUAUCUGGACUCAGAACAGCCGAAUCUAUGUUAAAGAAUCAGAUAAGUCGACCGUAGUGGUAAUUGAUUCACACGAAGCCCUCGAUAAAUUUAAA